AAGGCUUUCAACCGCUCGUGGUGAAUCUUAUUAAUACCACUGGUAUUACCAGUGCUUCAUUCUGUAUGAUUCCUACCCGCAAAAAUACCUAAGUCGAGUGUCGAUAUGCGUUGAACCUCGUCUGGGGUCGAAUUGGCAUCAACAGUCUGCAACGUACAUCGGAUUUUCAGCUGAAAACCAUUAUUAAUAACAGUGACGUCUGCUAUCCGACAACGACAAGAGGUCAAGUAGCAUUUGCGUCGCUUCCACAAAGUCAAGUCAAGUGCAGUUCGAGACUGUUUAACAGACAAGUGCGAACAGAGAAAAUGGCUCAAAGCGGGCCGACCGCCCUCCCGUCCAAGGCGAGGUCUUUCGUAGCGGCAUCCAGCGGCAGCCAAUUACCCGUCUCACCCUCCAACAAGAAAAAGUCGGCGGUGUACUGCGUGGACGAAGAGAGGGGUCCUUCCAAAAUAAUUCCUCAGCAAACAUUGGACGAGGAGAGCGAUGCCAAACUUUUCAACGCCAAGAGGAUGCUGAUCGCGGUCUGGAUGUGCGUUGGACUGAUGCCAUUGCUCCUGCAAACGAGAAGUUACCUGAAGUUCGUGACGCCGCACAAGAUUUCACAAAGCCUGAUCGUGCCGACAACCGCUACGAAGCGCACCGAUGACAUGGCGACACUUUGUCCUUUGGAAGGGCUCGUGAUUGCUGGUGCGUGGUGGAAUGUUCUAGCCACGCACUAUUACGAGCUGGAAGACGACAGAGUGUGCCAUUUCGUGGUGCCCCAGUACAAUAUCCACGGCAAUUAUGUUCUGGGAACCACGCUAGUUGCACCCUCGGCAACAAGUCCUGCUAGUUGCUCGGGAAACUGCUACUAUCUGGAAUAUUACUUCUACCACGGAAGCAUCGGCUAUUAUGCUUUCUACGAGGAAGCCGUAGGUACAUUUUGUGCCGACGAUAACAUUGGUUACGUGCUAGUCCGCGGCCUUGGUACCUUCGACAGCAACGGUGCGCAUUUGGCUCAUGAUUCUGGCGAUUCGACGUACCGAUUGUCGUAUUGGUAUGGGUUGUUCGGCCCUCUUUGGAUCAUGUAUCGCUCCAUCUUGCUUCGUAGGAGCUAUAAAUCAUGCAAACGCUACGGGCGACGAUGCGAUCGCUUACAAGAACCGAUGCUGUUCAAAGAUUGUGUCGUGUUUGUUCAAGAGAGCAUGCGGCUGUCAGCACACGGGGCAAGGAACGUUCACCGAACUAUACUGGUUUAUCUACUAGUGGAAGGUUUGAUGAGCGACUUGUUCAUGCUGAUCGCACAAGACGGACUUCUUGCCAAGGUGCAAUAUAUCUCCCUCGGAUACAACUUGUCAGGAGUCCUGUCAAUGCUGUUUGAAAUGGUGGAGACGAUGAACUGGAUGCGAGAAACUGUGCGUUGUCUGAUUAAGCGCUUGCUGUUUAACUAUGAGACAGCAUUGCUCGGUGAGCUGGUAUGCUCGGCUGCGAUGCAGUUCUAUCUCACCGGACUCAAUAAGUCUAGCCUUCAAGAAUCCAAGCCGGUUGCCGAUGCCGUGUCAUACUACGUGUGGAGUCUCGUUGGACACGGCAUUAUCGUGCUUGGAAUCGUGUUCGUGAUAACCUCAAUUCGGUCAAUCGGAGCGAUCAUCACUGUGCGAUGGACAUUUGGGUCUUUCUCUCUGCUGUGGACGCCCUGUUGUGUCGAUACUGCUAUAGGACAACGGUGCAAGAUGAUUUUGCUGAGUGGAUAUGUAUGGGAGGACGAUAGGCUUUGCUACAAGGCUGAAACGCUCAAGUCUUUUGGGAUAAUGAAGAUGGUGGAGGAGGACAAUACACAUUUUAUAGUGCUUCACAGACUGUAUUGGCUAGCGAUUCCUCACGGCGACUUGAUGGUGAUCGGGGAGAUUCAUGGGAAUAGUGUGAAGCGUUGCGAGGUGAGACCGUGCACAGGCAUGGUGAGCAUGAUUGGCAAACCGUUAGGGGGUGCUCCAGGAGAAAAUUCACUAAGUUGCCCCACUCGGGUAGUUAUAAAGCAGCGAGUGCCCGUCGAACCAUCACAAACCUGUUAAAAGCAAAC